CAUCCAAAAAUGACAAAUCUGUCGUCAUUUACUCACCCUCAGGUUGUUUCAAACCUGUAUAAAUUUCUGUGUUCCAAUGAACACAGAGAAAGAUUUAGGAAGAAUGUUAGCAAUUUUCAGUUAUGAGACAUCAUCCACUACCAUAGUAGCCAUACCAUAGUUCUGUUGAACACAUAAUGUGAUAUUUAAGAAUUUAGGAAAACAAACCUUUGCACCUUUGAGUACCAUUUAUUUCUUCCUAUAUGCUAGUCAAUGAUUUCCCGGAACUGAAAAUUACUAACAUUUUUCCAAAUAUCUCUGUGUUCAUCAGAACAAAGAAUUUAUACAGAUUUGGAACAACUCGUUUUUUUUUCAUUUUUGGGUGAAGUAUUAAAAAAGUUAUUUUUCAGACGCAUUCCAGGAUCAGCCUCAUUCCAGGAUCAGCCGCAUUUCAGGAUCAGCAGCAUUUCAGGAUCAGCCGCAUGUCCAGGAUCAGUAGCAUUCUAGAAGCAGCCUCAUUCCAGGAUCAGACGCAUUCCAGGAUCAGCUGCAUUUCAGGAUCAGACGCAUUCCAGGAUCAGCUGCAUUUCAGGAUCAGACGCAUUCCAGGAUCAGCUGCAUUUCAGGAUCAGCUGCAUUUCAGGAUCAGCUGCAUUUCAGGAUCAGCCGCAGUCCAGGAUCAGCUGCAUUUCAGGAUCAGCUGCAUUUCAGGAUCAGGCGCAGUCCAGGAUCAGCCGCAUUCCAGGAUCAACAUCAUACCAGGAUCUGCUGAGGAAAGACUGUAGUCAUCGAGUUAUUUUUGUGUUAUUACAGCGGUAGCUCAGCCGUCCAGUGUUAUUUAAUAAGUAUCAGUGGAGACACAGUGAGGGUAGUUUGGUUUUGUGGUGUCGUGUAAACUCCUCCCAGGCUGAUGUUGUGAAUGAUUCAUCAGACUGACGCCGCCCAGAACUGAGCUCAGGGCGGGCUGAGGGUGAGCUCGACCCGGUAUCCGCACAUACAGACCGGAGGGCAGGGGACGGAACCAUACGCGAUUUUAGGAAUACAAUAUUUCACUUUAUUCAUCGUGUGAAUUUCUAAAUUCCUCCGAUAGGCUCACUCUCAUCCACGGAUUUACACGAGCAGUUCAACCGAGCCGCUGCUGAACAGGAGGAAUCGAAGCGAUGAAUAAGCUACGGCAGAGUUUUCGCCGGAAGAAAGACGUGUACGUGCCGGAGUCCAGCCGGCCGCACCAAUGGCAGACGGAUGAGGAGGCUGUGCGCGGGGGCAAGUGCAGCUUUGCCGUCAAGUAUCUGGGGCACGUGGAGGUGGAAGAGUCUCGUGGCAUGCACAUCUGCGAAGAAGCCGUCAAGAGACUGAAGACGGACAGAAAGUUCUUCAAAGGCUUCUUUGCAAAAUCGGGUAAGAAGGCCGUGCGAGCGGUGCUGUGGGUGUCUGCGGAUGGUCUGAGGGUCGUGGAUGACAAGACGAAGGACCUCAUUCUGGAUCAGACAAUAGAGAAGGUAUCGUUCUGUGCCCCGGACCGGAACUUUGAACAUGCCUUCUCCUACAUCUGCAGAGACGGUACCACUCGCCGCUGGAUCUGCCACUGCUUCAUGGCCAUCAAAGACUCGGGGGAGCGUCUCAGCCACGCUGUGGGCUGCGCGUUUGCCGCAUGUUUGGAACGGAAACAGAAGAGGGAGAAGGAGUGCGGAGUCACGGCCACUUUUGACGCCAACCGUACCACUUUCACACGGGAGGGCUCCUUCCGCGUUACCACAGCAACAGAGCAGGCGGAGCGAGAGGAGGUCAUGCGACAACUGCAGGAUGGCAAGAAAGACCCGGACACCAUGUUGGGCAACUCUGGCAGUGUGACGAAUCCAGCUGUCACCCUUGUCGGACCCAACGGCUCAUCCUCCUCCCCUCCUCUACCCAUGAGCAACCCUCAGGAAGCCAACCCUCACGCCAUCCCCCGACGGCACGCCCCCGUAGAAGCGCUCGCUCGUCAGGGCUCGUUCCGGGGUUUCCCGGCGCUCAGUCAUAAAACCUCGCCCUUCAAACGACAAAUGUCACUCCGCAUGAAUGAGCUGCCCUCCACCAUGCAGCGCAAGUCUGACUUCCCUAUCAAAAACACUGUGGUGGAGGUGGAGGGGGAAGGCGACAGCAUCAGCUCUUUGUGCACACAGAUCACAUCCACCUUCAGUGGACCCCCGGAAGACCCCUUCUCAUCGGCACCCAUGCCCAAACCUGCCUCCUCGCCGCAGUCGCCCUCUGCUCCAGUGAAUGGCACAGCUCCUGUUUUUCCUGCUUCGCUGCCACCCAGCGUCAAUGCAACUGCUGCAAACUCUCCUAUCCUUCCACCUCCGCUGCCAGUCCGAGACACUAACCCUUGGGCCAAGACCCCAACCACAGCCACUACGAUGGCAAAUACAGGGGGUGAGUGGCCGAGUGCUACACCUGCAGUGGGAGCCCUACCCACGGUCAGCGCGACUCUUUCUGCACCUGGGUCUUCCCACAAACGCACGCCGUCCGAAGCAGACCGCUGGCUGGAGGAGGUGUCCAAAUCUGUCCGUGCCCAACAACCUGCCGCGAUCGCGAGGACCGACACGCCUCCACAGCAGGCCUUCCCUGUCCCUGCCGUGCCUGUCCCCAUAGCCCCGGGCCCCUCUGCACCCUUCAUGCCUUCCAUACCCUCCGCGAUCCCCACCGUACCCCCGCGUCAGCCCGCGUUCCAUGCACAGGCCCCGGCUUCCUUCCCGGUGUCCAACGGGCUCCCGUUUGUCCAACCGACCUUCCCAGUGGUUGGCAUCACACCUUCGCAGAUGGUGGCCAACGUGUUCGGUUCAGCCACACAAACUCAGCCCAUCCCUGUGCCUGUUCCAAUUCCCCAAACGCAACUUCAGUCGUCACCCUUCUCCACCCCACCGUUAGGCCACUUUGACACCCAGAGCGCGUACAGUCCCUUCGGCAAACCGCCCCUACCUCCAGUGUCAAACGCCAUGGUGCCGCAGCCUCCCAAAGGGAGUGUCACUUUUAACGGUGCUAACAGCUGGCAGUCACCCACACAGUCGUUGGUGGUGCAGCAACAGGCCGAUGCUUUUGACGCCCAGUGGGCUGCCCUGGAGAGCCGAUCGCAACAGCGCACCGGUCCCUCCCCCACGAACCCCUUCUCCAGCGAGCUCCACAAGACUUUCGAGAUCCAGCUCUAAGGACACAAGGCAGUGUGGCCGAAGGUCACGUACCGACACUGAAGGACGACACAAUGGAUGUUAGUGGAGGGACAGCACAAGGGGAUCGGUCCUGCAAACCACUUCAGCUCCAUAUCUUAACAUUUCUUUGUCCGCUCAUUCGUGUCUUUUUUCUUUUGACAUGGAGGCGAAGGGGUGGACAGUUCACCGGUAAAACUCUGUCGCAUUUGUGUCCAAGAAGAGUUAGAGUUAUAAAAUAAUGAAGAAUUCUUUAGAUGCUCUAACAUGACCCCACAUUGUGUUCAGUACCUCCUCUACCCCGCUAACUCGUCUCACAGCGCCCCCUAGCAGGCUGGAUGACUGCUGCCAACCCGACGGACGAGGCACUGAGAACAGACCUUCGGGCUUCUCGAGGUUCUUGAAGAACUUCCGAAGAGGACGAAGCAAGACAAUGCCAAAAUCUUUAUUUUUAUGCAUUAAGUAUAUUUUAAAUAGCUUUGAGAUUUAAAAGAAGAGCUGUAAAUAAUCUUUCCAACAGUGCAGGCUUAUUUUGUGUGCAUACAGGAAAAGAGCAUAUAUAUAAAUAUAUAUCUGUGAAGGGACAUUUUUAAUUUCUCGUCUCUUUUCAGUUUUAGUCUUAUGGCCAUCUUCCAUAGUUUGGAUGUUUUGUAAAUAUAGAUAAUCAAUAUGGACCCAACUUUGGGUUUAAGGACCUUUGAAUCACUCUGGUCCCAGACAAUGUUUUCUGUCUUUAAUCAUCUUUUUUUUUGCUACUUUAGUACUCAUCAGUACUUUUAUUUCUAUUGCCUACGUAUAAUCAUUUUAAACUGUUUUUAAAUUAAUUCUAACACUAUUUGACAGUUUGUUUUUUAUUUUGAUGAAGAGAUAUCUGUUUAUGAUAGCACAAGCACUGUACUAAUUGAUCAUUUGGCCGGUUAAUAUUAAGCUCUGAUGUUUAUUUAAGUCUUGAAAUGACUUGUGGCUUCAGCGCUACAAUGGUUGCAGUCUUUUUUUCGCAUUUUCACUCAGCCUCGUUGACCCUUAUGUUUUAUCUAAAGCGAAGAUGAUUGGUCAUGUUUUUAAGUUUUGAUUCCAUUUUGUAAGUAUUGCAUUGUAUUAUUCAGAUUCUUUAAGAGGAAUUUAAUCUAAAAGAUUGAAUAAAAUGUUGGUGAUAGAGGAA